CUCAGGUUGGCUCGCGGUGGGCGGGGGUUGCCCCCCGUCCCCGCCCCCCACAUCCGGGGGCCCGGCCGGGCUCUGGGCUGGCGGCGCGCCGGUGAGUCAGGCCGGGUUUUCCCUCCGCCUCUGGGGCAGGCGAGCGAGCGCCGCGGAGCGCGUCCCUCCCUCGCCAAUCCGGCUCCGGCGCCCGCCCGCCCGGUCGGCUGGCCGCGUUUUCCAGGCGCCUGCCGCCUGGUCGCUCCGGCCCGGCUCGCAUUCUCGCCUGGAGCCGACGCUUGGAGGGAGGGUUCGAAUCCGCGCGAGGGAACUGUCGCGCGCUAGGGGCGCGGAGCGGCGCCAGCAUGAAACAGCUGCCUGUGCCCUGCUGAAAGUUCAUGGCCACAGCCCUGGGCCCUGCUGGCAUUGCCAUGGGCAGCGUGGGCAGCCUGUUGGAACGGCAGGACUUGUCCCCGGAAGAGCUACGGGCAGCGCUUGCAGGGCCCCGGGGUUCCCGCCAGCCUGAUGGGCUCCUCCGGAAGGGCCUGGGCCAGCGUGAGCUCCUCAGCUACCUGCACCUCCCCAAGAAGGACAGCAAGACGGCCAAGCGUGCCCCUCGGAACGGGAGUGCUGACUACACCACCCUCUACUACCGGGAGCAUCCUCGAGCUGGUGACUUCAGCAAGACUUCACUGCCCGAGCGGGGUCGCUUUGACAAGUGCCGCAUUCGCCCAUCGGUGUUCAAGCCCGUGGCGGGCGCUGGGAAAGGCUUCCUGUCCAUGCAGAGCCUGGCAGCCCACAAGGGCCAGAAGCUGUGGCGCAGCAAUGGCAGCCUGCACACAUUGGCCUGCCACCCACCCCUGAGCCCAGGGCCCCGGACCAGCCAGGCACAGGCCCGGGCUCAGCUGUUGCAUGCGCUCAGCCUGGACGAGGGCGGCCCCGAGCCCGAGCCCAGCCUGUCUGACUCCUCCAGCGGGGGAAGCUUUGGCCGCAGUCCUGGCACUGGUCCUGGCCCCUUCAGUUCCUCUUUGGGCCACAUUAACCACCUUGGGGGCUCCCUGGACCGGGCCUCCCGGGUCCCCAAGGAGGCUGGGCCACUGGCGAUGCUGAGCUGCCUGCCCGAGCCACCGCCCCCCUAUGAGUUCUCCUGCCCCUCCGCCGAGGAGGUGGUGGCCCUGCUUCCCGACACCUGUGAAGAUCUCAAGAGAGGCCUCGGUGAUGAGGAUGGCUCCAACCCUUUCACACAGGUGCUGGAAGAGCGCCAGCGGCUGUGGCUGUCCGAGCUGAAGCGCCUGUAUGUGGAGAGGCUGCACGAGGUGGCUCAGAAGGCAGAGCGCAGUGAGCGCAACCUCCAGCUCCAGCUGUUCAUGGCCCAGCAGGAGCAGCGGCGGCUGCGCAAAGAGCUCCGGGCACAGCAGGGCCUGGGCCCCGAGCCUCGGCCCCCCGGUGCCCUCCCGGAUGCUGACCCUAACACCCGACCAGAGGAGGAAGCCCGAUGGGAGGUGUGCCAGAAGACGGCGGAGAUUAGCCUCUUGAAGCAGCAGCUGCGGGAGGCUCAGGCCGAGCUGGCGCAGAAGCUGGCCGAGAUCUUCAGCCUCAAGACGCAACUUCGGGGCAGCCGGGCGCAGGCGCAGGCCCAGGACGCAGAGCUGGCCCAGCUGCGCGAGGCCUUGCGGAGCCUGCAGGAGCAGGGCCCUCAGGAGGAAGCCCAGGGCAGCUGUGAGACCGACGACUGCAAGAGCAGGGGGCUGCUGGGGGAGGCGGGUGGCAGCAGCGAGGCCGCAGUUGGCGCCGAGCAGCUGCGGGCCCAGCUGGUGCAGGAGCGGCUCCGCGCCCAGGAGCAGGCACUGUGCUUUGAGCGGGAGCGGCGGACAUGGCAGGAGGAGAAGGAAAGGGUGCUGCGCUACCAGCGGGAGAUCCAAGGAGGCUACCUGGACAUGUACCGCCGCAACCAGGCGCUGGAACAAGAGCUGCGGGCGCUGCGGGAGCCCCCAGCACCCUGGAGUCCUCGGCUGGAGUCCUCCAAGAUCUGAAGCCAGGGGGUGAGCGGGCUGCAGAAGCACCGCCAGAAAGCGGCUUGGACGAGCCCGCGCUGAGAGGGCUGGCUCCUUCCUUACACUGGUUGGGGGCAGGAGCUGCUGAGGCCAGCCAGGAGUGGGGAGGCCGACCGAGAGGAGGGGUCCAGCGCUGCUGUGGGCUGGAUAGGGUGCCCUCCUGGCAGAGGAGCACCUCGGCAGGGCCCCGCCCUGCUCCCUGGAGUAGAUGUGGCCCAGAGAAGGAGGCUGGGGGACCAAGGGCCCCGUGAUGCAGAAGGGCAGGCAUGAAGGAGGGAGGCUGGGACGGGGACAUUGGCCUCCCUCAGAAUAAAAUCACAUUUUCUACAAGGA